AUGUGCCAACUGACUACAAUGAAAGUCGUUUUGGACCUACUUCCAUUAGAUUUAUUGAAACAGAUCUUUUCCCACCUUGAAAUUGGUGAUUUCACCCACUUACUUGGUAAAGCAGAGCGAUCAUUUUUGCAACAGAAUCCAAAAUUGAAACACACCAUUGAACAAGUCAUUAAAGAUAGCCGGAAGGUCCAGUUCAAAUAUACAUCAAACGCUUUAUUUUUGGAUGAUUUGUAUUUCCUUGAAGAUAGAUCGAUUCCUGACAGGUUAUGUGUCAAAACCAGACAACAGCUUGUUAUUGUGCAUGGAUAUUGCGCCAAUGAAGGUAUCAGUACCGUCUUUAAUAUCACCUAUGUCCUUACUGACUUAAUUGCUAUCAUUGAUUUUCAACAAUUGUUCAUGCAGUUACAGCCAGCUGAAGGGAUCAAAUAUGCUGUGCAAAUUACAUUCGCGUCCAGCUGUCGUUACAAGAUUAACAUGAAGCAAUUGCAUAAUCUGUUCGCAAAAGUAAAGGACAACAUUCACUCUUUGACAAUGGAGCUUGGUAGUGGUACGGACAAGUUCAUGGGCAAAGUAAAAACAGGUUAUUUCAAAAAUCUUGAAAUCUUGCGUUUGAACAAGUUUCUGUUAGAUGGGUCAUUAGCAAAGUACGCCAAUUUGAAAGAGCUUGCUUAUGUGUCUGCUGAUAAAUGCGAGGUCUUUGAACUCGGUCAACUUCCACCAUCCUUGAAACACCUCGAAUUAGGGCAUGUUUCAGAAUUAGUUUGGCCUCAAGAUAAGAAUUCGUGGAAUAACCGUCCCUCUUUAGAAAAGAUUGUGUUGCAAUUUUCUCCCUGGAAUCGACAACUGAAAUUACCCGAAGGGUUUGCCAAUAUUAUUCAGCAUAUGACAUGCAAGGGGACCAAGGUUGUCAGGUUUGAAGGAAAUGACCGCGAUGAUGGGUACAGUCAAGAAUUUUGGAAACUAUUGACUGCUGCUUCACAAAAGAAGGGAUUUACUUUGGAUUACUUAAGUGUGCAGCUUGUUAUUUUAUCGCCGAUUGAAACAUACGCGCUAACGAAUUUGGAUAUCGUGGCUAUCGCAGAUCCUCAAGUAUUGUCACUGUUUCAAUUUCCUCCUACUUUGAAAUCAUUGAGAAUUGCUUGGGUGGUUGAGUGUGAUACAUCAGACUUAUUCAAAGCAAUACCAUUGGGUAUCAGGCAACUCAACUUACGUGGCUCCAAGAUUGAUUGGUGCAAUUCAGAUUUGAACUUUGCCAAGUUUGCUAAUUUAAAAGAACUAGUCUUGUCACGCACUAAGCUCGGAAAGUAUUUAAGCUUAUGUUUGUUUCCAGAUUCGAUCCAAUUGUUGAAAUUGGACGACAAUGGUCUUGGCUCAAUUGAUAAAAUAACUUUUCCAAGGAAGUUGAAAUUUGUGAGUAUUCUGAUGAAUGGCAUCACAAAGCUUUGUAAACCCGACUUUCCUUCAACGCUCAAAGAGCUCAAUAUAUCUAACAACAAAUUAAAAGAGUUUGACAUCUCCAAAAAUAAGGCUGGUGAGACAUUGAACAUCGAGGUAUUAUAUUUUAAUAAAAACAAAUGUAAAGUAAACAGUUUAGAUUGGUCCAAGUUUCCACAAAAGCUUAAGGGAUUGUCAUUAAAGGAAUACAAGUUCUGCCACUCAAAUUAUAGUUUUGGGACCACGUUGGAGUAUUUGCGAAUGACGGAGACAGACCUUGUUCAGUUGAGGUCAAUCUCCUUUGCGAAAUUUACAGUCAUCAAGUAUUUAUACUUGCCACAAUGCAAUAUGAGGAAGUUCAACAUUAAAAUACCUGAAACUGUUGAAGAGCUUGACAUUUCGGCAAACAGAAUUCCCGAGUUCCCCACACAGUUGCGCGAGUUGAAGAACUUACGCGUGUUGGAUAUGUCUUUCAAUGACAUGAGUAAAGUUCAAAUUGAUUUUCAAUACAACACAAUCGAGGUAUUGAAUUUUGGGGACAAUGAUAUUACCGAAAUUGAAUUGAGAUUCCCACCUACAGUCACCAAUUUGAAGGUCCUUGAUUUGAGUCACAACUUAUUGAAAGAGCUUUCAAUGAAAUCCAUCGGUCAUACAGGCCAAACCUUACAUUCUAAUUUGUACGGGGUUAUUCUUUCUGGAAAUACAAAGUUCUUGAAGGACAAAAUUGACGCUUUGACAAGGGAAUUGCCUGAUUCAUGCGAAUGUUUGUGGCAUGAUACUUAUAAGGAUUCAGAAAACACGGAAAUUGACAUGUUCAAUCACUAUGUAUCAAAUGAAUUACCUGGUCACUUGGUUCAAAACAAGGAUGUUUCCACAUGCAGAAAAAUGUUUGGGAAAAACAUAAGAAUGGCGUUGUCUCCUGAAAAAAAUGAUAAAAGCUUAAUUAAGCAACCGCUAAUCUUCGCUAUGGGGAGAAGAUCAUGA